AUGUACCUCGAAGAUCGCAUCGAGAACGCCUCCUCGCUUCUACUUCCCAAUUGGGUCAACGGAAACUUGUACGAAAGAGCAACAGAAGUCACAGGUGUUCUCCCGAUCCCUGAGGAUGUCCGCACCAGUGCAGGAAUGGCUCCAUAUGAAGCAGCCCUCGAUGCAAAACGUCUCCAUCACCACCUCGCGUCGCUUCAAGGCACUCGCAAAGCUGUCACUCCAAUUCACAACGACAUCGAGAAGACACUCUUUCGUGAUCUGAUGGCUGCUUUCCCCGAGACGUUUGGCAAUCUUUCGUCUGAUAACCAGGCAGCGAAGGCAGCCAAGAUUUGGAACGGGCGCGCUGAAACUGAGAAGGAUCUUCCGGAACAUCUCAAGGUGUAUUAUAACGGCCCCUGGAAGACCAAUAGCAACAUCAUCCAGACUAAGGCGGUAUCAGCCGCUGUGCGGAAACCCCUUCUCGAAACGAUCCACGACGAGGAAAGAAUGCGCAUGGCACCAACAGUCCCUCAAACAACCCUCAAACCGCAUUCCGUUCUCGAUGGUCUCCUCUCCUUCGACCCGGAAACCCAAGACCCUGCAGCGGUGACGUCCGAGUCACAGCCGCUGCCAACAACUUCGUCCGCGGUACAACCUGACAUGUCGAGUGGAAACCAGUCGAUGUCGACCGGAAACGAGUCGAUGUCGCAUCCUCCAGCUUCGGAGACCCCGAAUCCGCCGACUCCCAUCGCCGGCCCAUCCCAAACUCAUGACGAACGGAUCCGAGGUGUUGCCAAGCGCCGCGUAGAAGACGCGUUGUCAGAGAGAGAGCCGCCGGUCAAGAAAGCGCGGCGGGGACGGACGUGUUGUAAAUGCGGUAUCUCCGAAUGUCCGGGGAAGGGGAGUCGAGGUGUGAAGUCGUGUCGCAACAAAUGCCGGGAUUGUGGGAACGUCGAGUGCGCUGGUAGGGAUACACAGAGUCGUGCGAAAACUUGUUCAUCGAUGCUGUCGAGGGACGAGUAG